AUGGGAGUUAGUAAUAUGACCCUUGUCAGAAUAGGAGCCAUCGGUGGAGUAGCAACCGUUACUAUGGGCAUGCUUUUAAAGAAUAAAUUGAACCACAAUAUUAAACAGACAGAAUAUUACAAAGAUGCCCUAAAAACGCUUAGGAGUCACCCAGGUGCCGUUUAUCUACUUGGCGAACCCAUAAAAGACUUGGGAAUAGAAGUAGGGAAUGAGAGAGACAAUUUCACCAAAGGAAAUUAUGCACAAUAUAGGGUGCCCCUGAAGGGUAUGAAACAAAGGGGAACAUUGUAUUUCUGGGCUGAGAGAGUAGACACUCAAAAAGAGUGGAUAGUUAAUAGAAUGGAAUUAGAAGUAGCUGAGUACACUGAUAGGAGAAUGUUAAUCAAAUCUGUAGAGGUCAAUAAAACUUGA